UGAGGAUUUAUUUCUCUCUCUCUCUGAAUGUCGUCGGAAUUGAACCCAACCGGAAGUACUCACCCUAAGAGGAACAAAUAUCGUAAAGACAAACCUUGGGACUCGGAAGAUAUUGAUCACUGGAAAGUAGAAGAGUUUACUCCUGAGCAAAGUAGCUUUCCAUUUCUCGAGGAAAGUUCUUUUUCCACGUUGUUUCCGCAGUAUCGGGAGGCUUAUCUUCGUCAGGUAUGGCCUACGGUUACCAAAUCACUAGAUACAUAUUCCAUUUCUUGUGAGUUGGAUUUGGUAAAGGGCGCCAUGGUUGUGCGGACGACGGCAAAGACUUGGGACCCAUAUAUAAUAUUCAAAGCACGUGAUUUAAUAAAGCUCUUGGCAAGAAGUGUUCCCGUUCAACAAGCUUUGAAAAUAUUACGAGACGAUAUGCAAUGUGAUAUUAUCAAGAUAAGUAAUUUUACUCGUAACAAAGAAAGGUUUGUGAAGAGACGACAACGUUUGAUUGGAUCCAAUGGAGCUACUUUGAAGGCUAUUGAGUUGUUGACGCAAUGUUAUGUUUUAGUACAAGGGAGUACAGUUGCAGCGAUGGGUUCUUAUAAAGGCUUGAAACAAGUUCGAAGAAUUGUGGAAGACUGCAUGAGAAAUAUUCAUCCCAUUUAUAAUAUCAAAACUUUGAUGAUUAAAAGAGAAUUGGCCAAGGAUCCUAUUUUAUCAAAGGAGUCGUGGGAUAGAUUUCUCCCCAAGUUUAAGAAGAAGAAUCCGAAGAAGAAGAGAAAAGUUCCGAAGAAUACGAAGAAGGAUGAAAGUGAUAAUCCCUUUCCACCUCCACAAAUGCCGCGAAAGAUUGAUUUAGAAAUGGAGAGUGGUGAAUAUUUCCUUCAUGAGAAACAAAAGCAGUUGAGACAACGACAAGAACGUAAGAAGAGAGAGGAAGAGAAGCAAUUAGAGAAGAGGAAACAGAAAGAACGAGAAUAUAUUCCUCCAAAGGAAGAUAAUGUGAAUGAUUCUCAAGUCUACAAACGAAAGCAGUCGGAUAACGACUCUGUAAGGAAGAAGAAGCAUCGCAACAAGCAUUCUUCUGCAUGAGUUUUUGGUUUUGAAUAAUAUUGGAAACUGUUGGCACUUUAAAAUGGAAGGCUUAUGAUAUAUAUAUAUAUAUUAUAUCUUUGGAAGGAGAGCAGUUUGGGAAAGCCAAAUAAUUGCUUUGGAUUAUUCCCAAACCAGAAAACCUUAUUGCCCAUUGGACAUUUGGCUAUUGUAAGUAGCCAACUUUUGGAGACUUGCUUUGUUUAGUUUUGGUUGGUAAAUGUCAUAUCCAGUCAUCAUAAGUUGUAGAGUUGUGAGAACCAUUUUCACAUUGUCUAUUUUUGUAUUUCAUAUAAUAAUAAAAUUUUAACUAUUCAA